AUGCUCCUCGCCUCCUCGCUCCGCUCGAUGCAGAUCUGGGCCGACCUCCGGGCGAUCCUCCCGCCCGACCUCGCAAGCGCUCUCGCCAAGUGUGAGCAGGCCGCCGCGUCGCCGGUGGACGCGAUGCUCGUCACGGGCCUGUCGCCCGAGUGGAUGGAGGCGCCGCCGUGCACCGCCUUCUUUGGUGCGCCGCUGGCGCCGGACGAGCCGUCGGCGGCGCUGCUCACGCCUUCCGGCGAGCGCGUGGGCCUCCGAGUCCAAGCUUCCGACCCGGCCGGUCAGGCGGCGGCGAUGUCGGCCGUCGGCUCGGUGAACUGGGUCCAUCUCGACACCACCUCAGAGGACGAGUGGACGAUGAUCCCGGCAGAGAACGUGAUAUCAGCGCUCACCGCCGGCCACGUUCCGGGGCUCGCGUUCGCUCUCGAGCUUGGAGCAGAUGCGCUCGUGCUCUCUCCGCCCGAAGACGCGGAGGGGGAGGCGCUGUGGGAGGCGGGCGCCAUCGCGCGCGCCCAGCGGGCGGAGCGAGAGGAGCCCCGCGCUGCGGGCGCCGCUGCGGGCAGCGAGGCGGAGGGGCUAGCCGUCGGCGUGGUCACGUCGGCGGGAGGGGUCGGUGACCGAGUGGCGCUCGAUUUCACCAGCUUGCUCCGGCAGGGUGAAGGCGCGCUCGUUGGCUCGUCCGCCAAGCUGCUCGCCCUCGUCCACGGCGAGACCAUCGAAGGCGAGCUUGUCCCGGCGCGGCCCUUUCGCGUCAACGCCGGGCCGGUUCACUCGUACGUCCUUCUGGCCGAUGGGCGCACAAAGUACCUCGAGGAGGUUGUUGCGGGCGACCGCGUGCUCGCCGCCGACGCCCGCGGCGGCUCGCGCCCGCUCACCGUCGGCCGCUGCAAAGUCGAGCCGCGGCCGCUGCUGUUGGUCUCCUUCGAGGUGGAGGGCGCAAAGGGGCAGGUCUUCCUGCAGCAGGCGGAGACGGUGCGGCUGCUCGUCGAGGGCGGCGGCGGCGAGGUGUCGGCGCGCAGCGUGACGGAGGUGCGGCCGGGAGACCGGCUGGUGGUGCGGCAGAGCCGGAGGGGAACGCAUGUGGGGCGGCAGAUCGAGGCGAGCGUGGAAGAGAGGUGA